CGUUAUUCGUUCUCUGUACGGGAAUCUCUCUCUCUUGUUUUAGAGAGAUAGUGAAUUGGAAGGUUGGCAUCAAUGGCGGUGAAGCUUUCGACCUGGUUCGUGAGCCAGGGGGUUAGCGGCCUCAGCUGCAAUCGCUCCUCCAAUGGAAACCUUCCUUUUCCUUCUUCUCAUCGCUUGUUUACCGCUUCGUGUAAAAUGCGACAGCGCAAUCUCAGUUCACCAAAUAAGAGGCAGCAAUUGAAGAAAGCUGCUCAGGAGCCUUUGACAAAUGGAAGUUUUGAACCUGAUUCUGAAAUCCCUUCAACGCCUAGUAGCCCGAUUUUAAAUCAGGAGAGCAUGUCUAAUAACGAUGUUCCCAAUGGCACAGACAUGGAGCGUGAUGAUGCAAAAGACUUGAGCAGUCUUGUUUUAUCUGGUGAAGCAAAAUCUUUGGCCAAAAGUGUGGAUAGUGCAGAGAGGCUUUCUGGUAUGCAACUUGAAGAUUUGAUAGGAAUGAUAAGAAAUGCAGAAGAAAACAUCCUCCUUCUCAACGAAGCUCGGGUUCGUGCACUUAAAGAUCUUGAAAAGAUUCUUUUUGAGAAGGAGGCGUUGCAAGGAGAGAUUAAUGCUUUGGAAAUGAGAUUGGCAGAAACUGAUGCACGAAUUAAAGUAGCUGCCCAAGAAAAGAUAGAUGUUGAACUCUUGGAAGGCCAGUUAGAGAAGUUGCAGAAGGAACUGACUAAUAGGGGUAAUACUGAGAAGCAGAAUGGCAAAUUAAAAGAGGAAACCUCCCACCCACAUGAAAGUGCCAUUUCUCUUUCUGUGGAGCUAGAUUCAUUGAGGUCAGAAAACCUCUCUCUGAAGAAUGAUAUAGAAAUGCUCAAGGAAGAGCUUUCUCAUGUCAAGAAUACCGACGAACGUGUUGUAAUGCUGGAAAAAGAACGUGCAUCUUUGGAGUCUGCUCUGAAGGAGUUGGAGUCUAAACUUUCAGCUUCCCAGGAAGAUGUUUCAAAGCUUUCUACUUUAAAAGUUGAAUAUAAGGGCUUACUGCAGAAGGUAGAGAACUUGCAAGUACUGCUGGAUAAGGCAACCAAACAGGCAGACCAGGCUAUCACAGUAUUGCAGCAAAGCAAGGAACUUCGAAAGAAGGUUGAUAAGUUGGAAGAAUCUAUUGAAGAAGCCAAUACCUACAAACGAUCCUCACAAAAAUUGCAGCAGUAUAAUGAUUUGAUGCAACAAAAGAUAAAGUUGAUGGAGGGCCGGCUUCAAAAGUCUGAUGAAGAGAUACAUUCUUAUGUUCAAUUAUAUCAAGAAUCUGUUCAUGAAUUUCAGAAUACACUUAAUAGUAUGAAGGAAGAAAGCAAGAAAAGGGCACUUGAUGAACCUGUUGAUGAUAUGCCUUGGGAAUUUUGGAGCCGUUUAUUGCUUAUAAUUGAUGGUUGGUUGCUUGAGAAGAAAAUAUCAGCUAAAGAUGCAAAGCUGUUGAGGGAAAUGGUGUGGAAGAGAGAGGGACGAAUACAUGAUGCAUACAUCGCUUGCAAGGAAAAGAAUGAACGUGAUGCCAUCGCCACAUUUCUCAGGCUGACCUUGUCACGAACAAGUUCAGGAUUACAUGUCGUUCAUAUUGCCGCUGAGAUGGCACCAGUUGCUAAGGUUGGUGGUUUGGGUGAUGUUGUGACUGGUCUUGGCAAAUCACUCCAGAAGAGAGGACACCUUGUAGAGAUUGUUCUCCCCAAAUAUGAUUGCAUGCAAAGUGAUCUGAUUUGUGACUUCAGAGACCUAGAUACGGUGAUUGAGUCAUACUUUGAUGGUCGACUAUUCAAAAACAAAGUCUGGGUUGGCACUGUUGAAGGGCUUCCUGUUUAUUUUAUUGAGCCUCUUCACCCUGAUAAAUUCUUCUGGAGAGGGCAGUUCUAUGGAGAGCAUGAUGAUUUCAAACGUUUUUCAUAUUUCAGCCGUGCGGCACUUGAGUUGCUUCUUCAAGCUGGCAAGAGACCAGACAUAAUUCAUUGCCAUGAUUGGCAGACUGCUUUUGUUGCUCCUCUUUACUGGGAUUUAUAUGCACCAGAGGGACUAAAUUCAGCUAGAAUAUGUUUUACAUGCCAUAAUUUUGAGUACCAAGGGGCUGCACAUGCUUCACAAUUGGCAUCUUGUGGUCUUGAUGUCGAACAACUCAACAGGCCAGAUAGAAUGCAGGAUAACUCAGCAUCUGAUAGGGUCAAUCCUGUGAAGGGAGCAGUUGUAUUUUCUAACAUUGUGACGACAGUUUCACCAACCUAUGCACAGGAGGUCCGGACUGCCGAGGGAGGUCGAGGUCUGCAUUCAACUCUAAAUUUCCACUCUAAAAAAUUCAUCGGGGUUCUUAAUGGAAUUGAUACUGAUGCAUGGGAUCCUGCGACUGAUGAUUCUCUUAAAGUACAGUACAAUGCUAAUGAUCUUCAAGGAAAAGCAGAAAAUAAGGAAGCUCUAAGAAAGAUUUUAGGUCUUUCUUCUGCAGAUGUCAGAAAACCUUUGGUAGGUAGCAUCACAAGGUUGGUGCCUCAGAAAGGUGUACAUCUUAUCAGACAUGCAAUAUAUAGGACAUUAGAGAUGGGAGGGCAGUUUGUGCUUCUUGGUUCGAGCCCAGUGCCACAUAUUCAGAGGGAAUUUGAGGGAAUCGCAAAUCAAUUUCAGAAUCAUGAUGAUAUUCGGCUAAUAUUGAAGUAUGAUGAGUCCCUUUCACAUUCCAUCUAUGCUGCAUCUGACAUGUUCAUUAUCCCAUCUCUCUUUGAGCCUUGUGGCCUUACACAGAUGAUAGCAAUGAGAUAUGGUUCCAUACCUAUUGCAAGAAAAACUGGUGGUCUACAUGAUAGCGUCUUUGAUGUUGAUGAUGAUACAGUACCUGUCCGGUUUCGAAAUGGAUUCACAUUUUUGAAUCCUGAUGAGCAGGCCGUAAACCAAGCUUUAGACCGUGCAAUAAAACUCUACAUGAAUGAUCCCGAAAGCUGGAAGCAGCUCGUUCAAAAUGUUAUGAACUUGGAUUUCAGCUGGGAGUCUUCAGCAUCACAGUACGAGGAACUCUAUUCCAAAGCUGUGUCUAGAGCAAGGUUGGCAAAUCGCUCUUGAGCUCAUUCAAAAGCCAUAAUGGAGUCCUGAAAACAAGUAGUUCCAGGCAAGCUUCUCCACGAAACCCAAUCUGGUAUGGGUCUAUGAGAAGUUUGAGCUGAGAUCGGUGCUUCAUUAUGUAAAUAUCCGGCCAUCAAGCACGUUUUAGCAGGUUGAGAUGAAGUCUUGCAUUUUGACGAAGGGUUGAAGGCUGAAGCAGCAUCGACGGUAUCCUGUUUGUGGUGCCUUCACCAGUUUUUCUUUCUUUAAUUUAUAGCCAAUUCAUUUCGUUCAUAUAAAACCUCUGCAACAUUUGUACAUUAGGCCCUUUUGUUGUUUCAUACUUUCUUUCUUUUAUUUAUACCUUAAGAACGGGCUUACAUGGAUUGUUAUUGACGUAUAAAGGAGACGGUCAGACAGAAGUAACAAAAGAUACCAAAGGAACCUUUUCUUUUAUAAAACUCUUCUAGUAAGACUGG